AUCUGGGCUGAAGUCCCAAAGGAGAAGUAUGGAUUGAAGGGGGGUUCGGUGUGCCUGCCUGUAGAAGAACCACCGGAGGAGCUUGUAAGACUACGUUGGAAGGUCAAUAGUACAAUAAUAGUAACUGACAAAAAGGUCUCUCCUAAAUACAAGGAGAAAGUGGAAUAUAAUCCAGUGAACCACUCUCUGUGCAUUAAUAAUCUGAGUGAAAAAGACAGGGGAAUUUACAUUGCAACCUAUGAGAGAAAUUGGGAAGAGUCAACUACUACAUACAGACUAACAGUUCAGGGUGAGUUUGAUGCACUAAGGUCCAUGAUAGGCAGCUAUCAGCUUUUUUCUCAUUGUUUGAUUUAAUUCUCUGUGACUGUAGUGUUAUUGACAACAUCUUACUUUUUACAUUUGAUAUUUUAUCAUCUGCUAGACGGUGGAGAAUGAUUAUAACUCUCUCUUUCUCUCUCCUGGUUGGUCAGAGCCUAUAUCCAAGAUGGUUAUCCAGACGGACAUCAAGCUAUUGGCCAACCAGUCCUGUUCAGUGUGGCUGCUGUGUAACGUGUCAGUCUUCUCCAACAUCUCCUACAUCUGGGAGAGAGGGAAUGAGACGUACAGGGACAACCAGCAGAUACACUUCUCUCUGUCACCAUCAGACGGAGACAUCAGUGUAACCUGCACUGCCUCCAACCUAGUCAGUGAGAAAUCUGCCUCUACAACAGUGAAGUGUGGUAAUGACACAACCACCCCAGGUAAGUAGAUAUCAUAAUAAUCCACUCCAUACACUUCAGUGUGCUGAUAUGCUUAUGUUGUCAAAUAUCAUAUAUAAUGUAAUAUUCUCUUAACAUUCUGUUAGACAUGUUUUAGAGCUUCAUUUACAGUCACCUCCAAAAGUAUUGGCACCCUUGAUCAAGAUGAGCAAAAAAGACUGCAGAAUAAAUACUUCAAAUACUGAGCUUUAGUGUAUGCUCAAAAAAAGGGGAAAUUAUAUUAUUUUAUUCUAACACAAUAGCUCAGAGAAAGAGAUUUUGUUUAACAAUUAAUGAUUUAGUUUCUCAAAAAGAUACUUUAGGUGUCAAAAUUAUUGGCACCCCUUUUUCCAAUACUCCAGCACCCUCCCUUGCGAGGAUGUUAUGUUGCCUACCCUCACCACCUGGGUUUGGCCCGUCAGGAAGUCCAUGAUCCAGUUGCAGAGGGAGGUGUUAAGUCCCAGGGUCCCAAGCUUGGUGACGAUUUUAUGAGGGGACUAUGGUGUUGAACGCUGAGCUGUAGUCAAUGAACAGUAUCGUAUCUGAAGAUUAUGCCUUUGUUAAAUGUUUUUCAUGACGAAAUGGAAUGUUGGUUGUUCAGGCCAAAGGGGGGAUGUUUUAUGAUGUUAUUUGAAAUGUGCCGCUUGGAGGGUGACGCCCGAGGGGAGACUGGUGAUUGGCCAGAAGAGGGAGUAGCCCCUCCCUUUGCAUUGUUUAUAAAUAGGGGUUAAACGAUGAGACGGCAGAACGGCCAUAGCAAUCUGGGAGCCGUUCUCCGGACAUCGCGAGUCUGUAUCUAUGCUGUAAAUUCGUGAUUUUAAUAAAAGCCUCUAACACGAUGCAGCAUAGCGAACUCUUUGUUGACGGCAAUAAUGACCACCAUUCAUCAUAUACGACAACAGCAUUCUCACAUAAGUAUUCGUUUUAUCUAGGUGGGUGAGGGAAGUGUGGAGUGAAAUUGAAAUUGCAUCAUCUAUGGAUCUAUUGGGGCGGUAUGCAAAUUGGAGUGGGUCUAGUGUGUCUGGAAUGAUGGUGAUGUGUGCCAUAACCAGCCUUUCAAAGUACUUCAUGAUUAAAACCUGGUUGCCUCUGCCAGGAAAUUUACCAAAAAAUCAACAUUUUGCAAUGGCCAUCUCAGUCUCUGAACCCCAUUGAAAACCUGUGGUUUGAAUUGAAGAGGGCAGUCCAUAGGCACAGACGAAGGAUAUCAAGGAUCUGGAAAGAUUCUGUAUGGAGGAAUGGUCUAAGAUCCCUCACAGUGUGUUAUCCAAUCUCAUAAAACAUUUGCUUAUCUUUACCAAGAGUGUACAUCAUUUUGGCAGGGACUGUAGUUAUCCUGUAUGGUCUAAUAGCAUAACAUUGACAUGGGUGAUAUUAUUGACUAUCUUACAGGGCGGGUGUGGUAUAGCAUCUGCAUCGCAGUGUCAGUGAGUGGCGCAGGGGUGCUGAUCCUCAUUGUAGCUGUGGCAGUGUAUAAGUGCAGGGGCCGCCGUAACACAGGUAUGCACAGCAUAGGGGUCUCAACUAUAUAAAGUCACAUUUCAGGUGGCUCUGCAAGUAUUCUUAAGAUGAUUAUGAUGUUGCAUAAGCAUAAUUAGAGGCUUUUUUUAAUGUUGGCUUUGGAAUAUUAUGAACAUUUGAAAAGGAGAGAGGAGCCUCAUAAUUGUCUCAUUUAUUAAUUCCUGGUUAUGUUUGUGGAUAUCCUGUUUAGUAUCUAUCUGAUUGGUUGAUAUUUUGUUAUUGUCAAACACAGAAUAUCAAACUGACAACACAAUAUAUGUGGAUGUUAUGGGCAACACAACAAUUAAAGAUGUAAGUAUGCAUUGCCAUUAUUAUGUAUCUGAAUGUGUGUAAGCCAAUGUAUGUGUAGCCUACUGUAAUUUCUGAUUGCUGUGUAUUUUGAUGUUUUUGUGCAAUGUUCAUCCAUUGUGUUUAUGGGUUUAAGUAUCUAUUUCUGUUUUUAUUCCAGACAAGAGGGACUGUGGAUGACCUGGCUGACCCAAGACUGAAC